ACCACCAGUGGGAACAGAAGACCCCCAAAACUCCAUUAUAACAAUUAUAUCUGGAUUUUUGUGACUCAACUAAUUAAAAGAAUGAAAGCACCACUUGUUAUAGCGACCAUCGCGGUCAUUGCCACCUUAAUAGGAAAAGGUACAACCCAGUCAGGUCAAUGCAAUAGUCCAAGGAUUGCAGAGGCUACGGGCGCAAUAUCGACUCGUUCCGAUGAUGCAAAAUCUAUUGUGAAAUGUCCAACGGGCUUUGUUGGUCAGGCAUGUAAAUGUGACCUCAGAUGUGACGGAUCUUACUUCAGCAAUCAGGAAACUUGCAUUGCCUCUAACAGACGAAAUGUCGGAGGUGUUAAGGCUAAGGUGACCUGUAUUGAGAAAGCUUGCGUGAAAACUCGUAUAAAUCCUCUCUCCGUUGGAUAUGUUCCCGGCCCAACAGUGACAUGCCCUGCAGAUUAUGAACUUGUAUCAUGUUCCAUUUAUUCUCCGUGGUCUCAAUCUUACGCGUCUUUUAUGACGACUGAAGUGACAGGCAACACUUGCGUUGGCCCCAGUCAAUGCAGGAAAUGUCGUGUCCAAGCAGUGUGUAUUGCGAAAAAAAAAUGCCGGAAAGAUGAAGAAAAGUGGGACACGAAGUCAUCUAAAUGCAUUCUCCGUUGCCCUAACAAAGACACCAAAUGGCAUAUCGAAUCAAUCUCGUGCAUGCCAAGAUGCCUCGAUAUUCAGACUAAAUGGGACGGCAAGAUAUGCGCACUGAGGUGCCCUAACCAAGACGAACAGUGGUCCAGCGUGAAGUCAGCGUGCAUUCUACGUUGCCCCGAUGUUAACACCAAAUGGGACCAGACGCAAGGCAAAUGUGUUGACCGAUGUGCGGGUCAUAUGCAAUGGGAUAACCAACAGAAAAAAUGCACAAGCCGAUGUGCGGCAGCUGACAAGUGGGAUGAAGCCAAAAAGACAUGUACACCUAGAUGUCCAUCCCACCAGAAUUGGAUGACUGACAAAUGCGAAAACAAAUGCCCAACGGGAGAAAAAUGGCACGAUCCGACCAACAAAUGCUUCCAAGACGUCAUGUAUCCAAAGACAGAGGAAGGCAAUGGCCAGGGGGCUGCCUGUGUUAUACCUUUCUUGUAUGGCAGCAAAUGGCAGGAGGACUGUGUACAGGGAAAUGAGAAGAUGUGGUGCUCAACUACGGAAAACUAUGAUGCGGACAAAAAGUGGGGUUAUUGCCCUGUUAUGUGCCGAACCAAGGGUGGACUGACCAAAUUCCCUGGCGAUGCCUGGACGGAUGGCGGGAAGGGAGUAUUCUGUGACACCGAUGGGACCAUUGGAAUGAUUAUUAGAGAAUUCUCGUUUACGACAGGCGGUGAUGGCGGUGGAGCUGGGUGUGCAUUCCCAUACUUAUACAACGGACGCUACCACGGAAAAUGCGUGAUUUCCACCACAUUGCCUUGGUGUGGCACUGUCAAGGACGGCUCAAAGUGGGGAUACUGUCCUUCUCAAUGUAUGCCAAAGGACGGGAGUAGGAAGAAUGCGGGAGAAUGGUGGAUGGAAGGACAAAUGAAGUACUUCUGCGAUGAGAAUGUAGUCAUCCAGGAAAUUAAGGAUCUUUUAAUCAAGACGAAGGACGGUGUUCAAUGCGUCUUCCCAUUUAAAUACAACAGCAGGUUCUAUGGUGGAUGUACUGGUACGACCCCCUGGUGUGCCACCACUGCUGACUACGACGCCGAUGCCAAGUGGGGCCACUGCGCUGUCACAUGCCUUACCCAGGAUAAGAUGAAGGUGAAUGCCGGAGCCACUUGGUCAUAUGGAGGGAAGGAGUACGCCUGUGGGAGGGAUGGAAAAGUCAGAGCAAACGUGAAUACCACAUCUGGUAACUGCCUUUUCCCGUUCAGCUACAAUGGUAACAUGUAUGAGACGUGUACGGAGGCUGGUUCUGCCGGUAAACCCUGGUGUUACAUCGAUGAAGCCGAGAACGCCUACGGAUACUGUUAGAUAUACCUUUUUCUCUUUGCAUACAACGAAGCGUGAGGAAUGAGAUUUUUAUAACGUGGUUCAUUGUUACAAUUUAAGAGUGAAUUAAAAAACCUCUUAACUGUUCAUUGAUCGACCGAAUGAUAUAAUGGGUGAUAUGAAUAAAGACUAGCAAAUGCUUUUACUUCAAUUUUGUACGGAAAGGCCUAGUGUAUAUAUGUACAUGAAGUUUUAAAUAAAAGCAUUUGCUUGUCUUUAUUCAUAUCACCCAUUGUCUCAUCCCUUAUCGACUUCUAAAUGAAAAUUCAUCCGGUCAACAAAUGGUUGCAUAUGUAUGUAGUUAAAGAUAAAUAAAGUUGAUCAAU